GUUAUGAAUGAAAAUAAAAUAGAGACAACAAAAAAUAAGAAAUUAAUAUUGGGUGUUACUGGAAGUGUUGCAGCGAUUAAAAUACCCAAUUUGAUAGAAAAACUUCAACAGGAGGGUUUUGAAAUACGUCUAGUUGUUACAAAAAAUGCGUUGAAUUUUAUCUCUGUGGAUAGUUUAUCAAUUCCAGUGUAUACUGAUGACAAUGAAUGGUCCAGUUGGAAGGAACAUGGUGAUUCUGUUUUACAUAUUCAGUUAAGAAAUUGGGCAGAUGUUCUACUCAUCGCACCAUUGAGUGCUAACAGUCUGGCUAAAAUGUCCUGUGGAUUAGCUGACAAUCUAUUGACAACAAUUGUACGUGCAUGGUGGUGGUUCCCAUCACCACUACCACCUUCAACGAGUAACAAUGAUGACAACAAUAGCGUAUCUACAGGGCAUUAUAAACCGGUAUAUUUUGCUCCAGCAAUGAAUACUGCAAUGUGGCAUCAUCCAUUCACUGCUGAACAGAUUGAAAGGUUAACUGAAAAACUUCAUUGGAAGUGUAUACAGCCAAUAAAGAAAAAGCUGUUUUGUGGAGAUAUCGGUAUAGGAGCUAUGGCAGAAGUUGAAGAGAUAGUGAAUUGUUUAAAAUCUGUACUUGAAAAGUAAAUGCUCUUGUAUAAUUAUUCUCCACAAAGGUCUUUUGAUUCUAUGUGUGUAGAGAAGCAUGUAUGUAAGACACUUGUCGGUACUUCUAAGGGAACAUAUAUAACUUUAUGCUGUUCGGUUGACGGGAGCUAAACACUGG